UUGACACUACCCUACCGGAGCUGUGUGGUUGAGCGAAACGAAUGACGUCUCUGCAUUUGCGGGCCGCCGACGCAGGGCUGGGUUUCCAUUUUCAGAGCGAGUUUCGGGGGGGAUCGUCAACAUGGAGCCGGAGAUGGAGGACAAAACGUUGGAGCUGAUGACCACAUCAGGGAUGGAGUCACAGAACCUCGUGGACGAUCUGUCGCCAAAGAAGAACACAGUUCUCAAGCUUAGUAAUGGUCCUGUUGUGGGGUCCCGCAAGCGUCCGUCAGAGGGAAACUAUGAGAAGGAGAAGGAACACUGCAUCGCUCUGUUUGACCAGUGGUCGGAGGCCGACCAGGUGGAGUUUGUCGAGCGCCUGAUCUCCCGUAUGUGCCACUACCAGCACGGCCACAUCAACUCCUACCUCAAACCCAUGCUGCAGAGGGACUUCAUCACUGCGCUGCCAGCCCAAGGCUUGGAUCACAUAGCGGAGAACAUCCUGUCUUUCCUGGAUGCACGCUCGCUGUGCUCGGCAGAGCUGGUGUGUAAGGAGUGGCAGAGGGUCAUCUCUGAGGGGAUGCUGUGGAAGAAACUCAUCGAACGCAUGGUCCGCACUGACCCGCUCUGGAAAGGCUUGUCUGAGAGACAUCAGUGGGAGAAAUAUCUGUUCAAGAACCGCACGUCAGAAGUCCCACCCAACUCCUACUAUCACUCCCUUUAUCCCAAGAUCAUCCAAGACAUAGAGACUAUUGAGGCUAAUUGGCGAUGUGGCAGACACAACUUGCAGAGGAUUCAGUGUCGCUCAGAAAAUAGUAAAGGGGUUUACUGUCUCCAGUACGACGACGACAAGAUCAUCAGUGGCCUUAGGGACAAUUCCAUCAAGAUCUGGGAUAAGCAGUCUCUGGAGUGUCUGAAGAUACUGACCGGUCACACAGGCUCAGUGUUGUGUCUGCAGUAUGAUGAGCGGGUCAUCGUUACCGGCUCUUCUGACUCAACUGUCAGGGUGUGGGAGGUAAUGACGGGUGAGGUACUGAACACACUGAUCCACCACAACGAGGCAGUUCUUCACCUGCGCUUCGCCAACGGCCUGAUGGUCACCUGCUCCAAGGACCGUUCGAUUGCAGUGUGGGACAUGGCCUCACCCACUGACAUCAGCCUACGUCGGGUUCUGGUGGGACACCGGGCUGCAGUUAACGUGGUUGACUUUGACGACAAAUACAUUGUGUCCGCCUCAGGGGACCGCACCAUCAAGGUAUGGAGCACCAGCACCUGUGAGUUUGUGCGUACUCUAAAUGGUCAUAAGCGGGGUAUUGCCUGUCUACAGUACAGAGACCGUCUGGUGGUCAGUGGCUCGUCUGACAACACAAUCCGGUUAUGGGACAUAGAAUGCGGGGCAUGUUUGCGAGUGCUGGAAGGUCAUGAGGAGUUGGUGCGCUGCAUUCGCUUUGACAACAAGAGGAUUGUCAGCGGCGCCUACGACGGUAAGAUCAAGGUGUGGGACCUGCAGGCAGCCCUGGACCCACGAGCCCCCGCCAGCACAUUAUGUCUGCGCACUCUAGUGGAGCACUCUGGCCGCGUGUUCCGCCUCCAGUUCGAUGAGUUUCAGAUCAUCAGCAGUUCUCACGACGACACCAUUCUGAUCUGGGACUUCCUGAACGUCUCGACCAAUGGCCAGUCAGAGGGACGGUCUCCCUCCCGCACCUACACUUACAUUUCUAGAUAGCAGGUGGCGCCAUCCACCGCACCCUUCCUUGGAGGAGCCCAGGGCUGAUUGGCUGAUGGGUGCGUCCAUCAUGGAAAGGAGCCAUCUCCUCUCUUUCCUCCUCGUCAUCUCUCUGUCCACCUCCCACCAUGCCCCCUGCCACCUCCACCUCCCCGCCCGUUCUGACAGACUCUCAAGCUUGUGCCCAUUUGCCUGCCAGUACCGUGACAUGUACACACAGACACGCACAUACACACAGGUCAACACUGAAUGAAGAUGCCCUACUACAGAACCAACGCAACUCUCCCGAAGAAGUUCACCUUCUACUGUUAAUUUAUGUUUUGUAAAGUACACUAAUGACAGUAUUAACUUAGAUCUUAUAUAAGUCACAAGCUCCCGUUUGUCCCCUUGAUAGAAACUUAAAGCAGCUUCUGCUCCUCAGUUUUCAACCCCUGCCAAAACAGGUUCCCACAAAUAUGGAAUUGCUUAUAGAUAUAUAUUUAUAUAUAUAUUACACACACACACAUACACAUACACACACACUUACACACAAAGUGGCACAGUUGGACAGAGGAUGACCGGAGCUGUGAUGCGGGAGACAGAGACUCUUUACUCAGCUCUAGGAAAGGGAGGGAACGAUGGGAGAUGGAGGGAGUGAACGAGGGAGAGAAAUGUGUCUGGGAUUACCUCCCCGCUCCCUCUCACUCCCUCUCACUCCUCCCUGUCUCUCUCUCUCUCUCAAUCUCUCUCUCAACCCCCAACCCUCCCCCACCCCCUCCUAUCUCUCUCCCCUCUAACCCCCCCCCCCAGAGAUGCACACUCACUUGGAAUAAUGGGGGCGCGCGCACACUCAAGUUUGCGUGAGUGUGUGUUUGUGUAUGUGGACUUGUGAAACGGCAGAACAGAGCAGAAGCGUCAAACAGACAGACAUGCAUGUGAGGUUGCCUUGGAUACAGCAUCCCGGUACACCUCUGCUUUUUUUUUUCUCUUUAACUCUUACUUUCUUACUGUUUUUUAUUACUGUUAUUUUCUAAUUUUAUUUGAGUAUUUUGGUUCUUAGUACAAAAAUCAUACUAAGCGUAGUCCUCUUUCCCUCUCUCUUUCUCUCUCUUACUGUCUUUUCCCUCAUUCUUUCUUCUAACUUCAACCCUUGUUCAUCUGUCCCUUUCACUCCAUCUUUCUCUCCCCCAUCAUCUACGUGCUUGCUUUGGUUAUGAGAGAAGCUGGAACUCAAGAGCUCAAAUUUAGCUGUAAACGGAGUUGUCUUGUCAAAAAUUGUGUUGUAUAUUAAAAAUGAUUUUUUAAAGAAGAAAAUGACCUUAUUGUGAAUAAAGUACUUGACAGUGGUGGAGUGUUGAGCCAACUGUAACAUGAA